AUGGCGGGUCCCUGGGCGGCCUUCCCCGGCUACUUCCAGGCCGGGCCGCCGAGCCGCAGAGCCGCCCCGCUGGCGGCCGGCUGGGGCGAGGGCGGGCCGGUGCAGCCCCGGGAAGCCCCCGCCGCGCCGCCCCCGCCGGGCUUCGUGGCGCGCCGCCGCCCGGAGCGCGAGAGCUGGAGGCCGGCCGAGCCGGCCCCGGCGCCCCUGCAGCCUCCCCGCGCCGGUGGGCGGGAGCCGGGCGGGGAGGCCGCCGCGCCGGACCUCCUCUACACGGGGCAGCUGCAGCGCUCCGGGCCCCCCGCCGCCCGCGCCGCCCUCGACUUCGCCGGGCAGCUGGGCCGCCUGGCGCGGGCGCACCCCGACGUGGCCUUCGGCGCCCUGGGCCGCCUCCUGCACGAUAACUUCUCCCUGGCCGAGCGCCGCGUGCCGAGGAGAGCGCGGGAUCGCGUCGUCCGCGUGGCCGCCCUUGUGGAGGACCUCGACGCCCGGCGAGCCCGCAGCAACUGCCCCCGUUUCCGGGCCAAGUGGCGGCUGCGCAGGUUUACCCACAUGUGCCGGGACUGGCUCUUUGAGCUGCCGCUGGAGCUGCUGGCUGAGUGGGUGCAUGAGGACAUGGCUGAGCAGUGGGGGCGCCUGCCCUUCGAUGACGCCUCCGCUGGUGGGGCCUUGGCAUGGGUGUCUGAGGAGAACGGCGUUGCACAUGCACGUGGUGGCUGCCUGGUGUAUCCGGCCGGUGAGGCCAUGAACCAGCUCUCUUUUCAGGACGUGGUUCUGGAGCCUGCCAGCGAUGGCUCCCUGAGGCCUCACCCCCACAGCCCCCCCACACACUUUGAGCUCAAUGGCGCAGUUCGCCAGGUGGCUGCAGCCCGUGUGCAUGGCGAUGACUUCGUUGGGGUGCGCUCAGACCAUCACUGUGGGGUGUGGAGGAUGGGCCGUGCCGCUGCCCCUGUGCCCCUCCAGGUGGUUUGCACAGAUGCCUCCUGCUGCUCCAUUGCUGUCAGCCCCCACGUGCCGGGCGAGGUGUCCCUCUGCACCCUGGAUGGAGCCCUGUACUUGUGGAAUGUUGAGUUGGGACUUCAGCGGCUGCACCUGGACAGCCAGACCAUGUUUUUCUGUGACCCCUCACCUUGGCGUUGGAGUGAGUUUACGGCCCACCCGCUGGUGCUGAGCUAUGCUGACCGUACUGGGCUGAUGGGCAUUGACCAAAGGGUGCCUUCUGGUCGUCACUUUGAACUCUUCAAGGUGGGGCGUGAAGCAGAGUGCCAGCGCGGGGAACGCCUGGUGCAGGCCCGGUACCUGGGCCCGGCAGAGCCCUACCACCACCUCCUCACCACGCAGUUCUCCGUGUAUGUGCUGGACGAGCGCUUCCCCCUGGUGCCGGUUCUGCGCUGGCAGCACAUGAUGCAGAGGCCCCCCAUCUUCAGCCACAUCACGCCACGCGCAGCCCCACAGCGCAGCCACAAACUGCUCCUCGGCACCCACCGCUCUCAAGAGCUGCUCUUGUUGCAGUACUCAGGUGGCGGCGGCAGCCCAUGCCAGCUGUGGGGGCCCCCCCAGAAAGUCUCCUCCAUCCGCGAGUGCCUCCCCCACUUCCCGCUGCAAGUGCCCUUCUGGCAAAGUGCCCUGAAGCAGCGCCUGGCAGUGCCCACGGCCGGCAUCACAGCCGCCCUGGGCCAGCAGGGCCGGAGGGAGUCCUUGCUCGUCUUCCAGCUCUCGGAGGCCGGCGACCUCUUCUACCAGCCGCUGCUGCACCAGGCUGCCGGCGAGGCCGCGGAGCCGCGGGAGGGCCCGGGGCGCCCUGCAGAUGCCCCGCCGCCCACUCUGGGACCCGCCGCCGCCGCCGGCUACCGGCGCUGGCUCAAGGGCCUGGGCCGGAGCUGGGAGCGGGCGCCGGCCGCGCCCCGGCCGCCCUUCGCCGUCAGCCAGGACCGCCUCUUCGGACGGCGGGAGCUCCGGGAGCAGCCGGGGGCCGCCGCCCUCCAGCAAGCCGGCCAACGCCUGCGCCAGGCCAUGCGCGAGCAGCGGCUCCUGUGCCCCUGGGCGCAGCCCGGCCCGCCGCCGCCGCCCCCCGUGCCGGAGGCGUCGGGCCGGGGCUCCCGGCUGCAGGAGCGGCUGGCGGCGGCCUGGGCGGGGGGCUGGGGCGCCUGGUGGCGGGCGGCGCGGGGCGCGGGGGAGGCCGGCAGGCGGCGGGCGCUGCGCGAGCGGCGGCUGCGGAGGGCGCGGGGGAGGCGCUGCCUGUCGGGGAGCUUCACGUCCUCCGCCAGCUACCAGUCGGAGCUGAGCAGCGAGCCUGCCCGCCCCGCGUCCAGCGCCGCCGCCGCCGCCCAGGAACCCCCCGGGCCGGCCUCGCAGGAGCCCGCCGAGGAGGAGGAGCUGCUCUCCAGCCAGAGCCUGAGCGCGCGAGGCAUCCCCCGGGAGCGGCGGCGCACCCUGCGCGAGUACCUGGCCGUGCUGGAGCCGCCCGCGGAGAACGAAGAGGGCGGCGGCGGGCUGCUUCCUUGCUGGCAGCCGGCCAGCCAGCGCUCGCUGCCCUCCUCGCAGGGCUCGCACACCCCGCGCAAGCGCGCGCCCAUGGGCUUCUGAGCGCCCCGUCGGGCCGCGGGGGCGCGCCUGGCGACCGGCGGCUCCGACGGGGAGGUGGAGAAGGCGCGCCGGGCGGCGGAGGCACAGCCGGGGCAGACCGUCUUC